GCUUCGCAGACAUUUGUGUACACGUAUUACGGCUGCAUGGGCUGGCCCGGGGAGUCAAUGGGAACAGGCUAACUUAACGCUGGCUAGCUUUUCAAGAAGAAGCCCGGCCGUACCGGCUUGCCUUACUUUUCUAUGAACGUACACGAAGCGUCUGUGAGCGGGACUUUUUCUCUGGCCGGCGGAGCGUUAUCCUCGUGCAUGGGAAACGGGAGACAUUUGCUGCUGCUGGCUAAAAACGCUUCAAGGUGGCGACAGACAAGGUUGCUGGAAAGCUGAGUUCUACUCUCUCAUGGGUAAAGAACUCGGUCUCCCACACCGUCAGUCAGAUGGCUAGCCAGGUGGCCACGCCCACAUCUCUACAGACCCCUGCGACUUCCUCCUCCACGUCUCUGUCCUCGCCCGCCCUCUCGCCGUCCUCUCCGGCACAGCUCAGCCCCGACGAUGUGGAGCUGCUGGCCAAGCUCGAGGAGCAAAACAGGCUUCUGGAGACGGACAGCAAGUCUCUGCGCUCCAUGAAUGGCUCCCGGAGAAACAGCGGCUCCUCCCUGGUGUCCAGCUCCUCGGCCUCCUCCAACCUCUCCCACCUGGAGGAGGACACCUGGAUUCUGUGGGGCCGAAUCGUCAAUGAGUGGGAGGAGGUGCGCAAGAAGAAGGAGAAGCAGCUUAAGGAUCUCGUGAGAAAAGGGAUUCCUCACCACUUCCGGGCAAUCGUGUGGCAGCUGCUGUGUAAUGCCCAGAACAUGCCCAUCAAAGAUCAGUACUCAGAACUCCUAAAGAUGACCUCGCCGUGCGAGAAGCUCAUACGCAGAGACAUCGCGCGCACUUAUCCUGAACAUGACUUCUUCAAGGAGGACAGCCUGGGCCAGGAAGUGCUCUUCAAUGUCAUGAAGGCCUAUUCUCUGGUGGAUCGUGAGGUCGGCUACUGUCAAGGAAGUGCAUUCAUUGUCGGUUUGCUGCUCAUGCAGAUGCCAGAAGAGGAGGCGUUCAGUGUGUUUGUGAAGCUGAUGCAGGACUACAGGUUACGAGAGCUCUUCAAACCCAGUAUGGCUGAGCUGGGACUUUGCAUGUACCAGUUUGAGAGCAUGAUCCAGGAGCAACUCCCAGAGCUGCAUAUGCAUUUCCAGGCUCAGAGCUUUCAUACCUCCAUGUAUGCCUCAUCCUGGUUCCUCACCAUCUUCCUCACCUCCUUUCCCUUACCUGUAGCCACACGGAUUUUUGAUAUCUUUAUGUGUGAGGGUUUGGAGAUAGUUUUCCGUGUGGGGCUGGCCAUCCUUCAGAUGAACCAGGCUGAACUCAUCCAGCUGGACAUGGAGGGGAUGUUACAGCACUUCCAAAAGGUCGUCCCACAUCAGUUUGACAGUGGACCAGAUAAAGUCAUCCAGGCUGCGUGUCAAGUUAAAUAUAACGCCAAAAAAAUGAAGAAGUUAGAGAAGGAAUACACUACAAUCAAAACAAAGGAGAUGGAGGAACAGGUGGAGAUAAAGAGAUUGCGCACAGAGAACAGGCUCCUGAAACAGAGGAUCGACACGCUGGAAAAAGAAAGUGCUUCCUUGGCAGAUAGAUUGAUUCAGGGACAAGUGACUCGAGCCCAAGAGGCAGAGGAGAACUACCUGGUCAAGCGGGAGCUGGCCACAGUCAGACAGCAGUGCGAGGAGGCCACUGCUCAGCUGGAGCAGGCCAGGAAAACCGUCAAGCAGCUUCAGCAGCAGCAGCAGCAUCCACAUGCGAAGGGACCCCCUCGGUUCUCUGAGGAGUCCGUUCUGCAGCUGGAGAAGGAGCUUGUGCAGGCCCGGCUGAAGGAGGCAGAGUCCCAGUGUGCGCUCAAAGAAAUGCAAGAUAAGAUCCUUGACAUGGAGAAGAGGAACUCCUCACUACCAGAUGACACUAAUGUGGCGCGACUCCAAGAAGAGCUGAUCGGGGUGAAGCUGAGGGAAGCAGAGGCUGUGACUGGAUUGAAAGAACUGAGGCAACAAGUCAGAGACCUGGAGGAGCACUGGCAGCGCCACCUGGCACGCACAGCUAGUCGCUGGAAGGACAGCCCCAAGAAGAACACGCUGAGUGAGCUGCAGGACGAGCUGAUGAGCGUGAGGCUGCGAGAAGCCGAGGUCCAGGCGGAGCUAAGAGAAACUCGACAGAGGCUGCUGGAGAUGGAGACUCAGAAUCAGAUCCACAGUAACCAGCUUCGCCGGGCCGAACAGGAGAGCCGCUGUCUCCAGGACCGCGUGCAGACCCUGACCACCCAAAACAAGGAUCUGCAUGUGCAGCUGCAAGAGAUCAAGCGGAGGCAAGCUGAGAUUGAAUGCAAGAGCAAGGAAGAGGUGAUGGCUGUGAGGCUGAGGGAGGCUGACAACAUCGCCGCCAUGGCUGAGCUUCAGCAACAGAUCUCUGAGCUGGAGAUUCAGAAAGAAGAAGGAAAGGUCCAAGGGCAGCUGAACCACACAGACUCCAGCCAGUACAUCAGAGAGCUCAAGGACCAGAUCGCCGAGUUGAAGCAAGAGAUUUGCUGCUUGAAAGGACAGAAGGGCUUGGUCAGUCAGGCCACCUUUGAUGGGAUCCACAUCGUCAAUCACUAUAUGGGGGUCAACGAGUCUUACCAGUCGUCCGAUGACGAUGAUGAUGGCGCGAAGGACCUCGGCCUCCAGAACCCCCAGCAGAGGAGCGGCAAACGUAUCAAGCUGCACGCCAAGCUGGAGGACAUGGACAGCGAGGAGGAGGACGGGGAAUCCCUGCGGCUCUCUGUGCCUCAGAGCAAGUCCACCACGGUGUGAGCAGAGCGGGGGGACGGAGGCUGGCAGCGCUCGCCGAGGAGGAGGAGCGCAUGCUUUUAGCAGCCAUUUCAGACGAAAGGCCUGGGUCUGGAGUUCACAAUUUCAAAACGCAAAUCCGUCAUUUCAUAUCUUCUCAAUCACUUUUAUUGGAGGGUUGUUUUUUGUUUGUUUGUUUUUUUUGUUUCAUUUUGGGCACCACUGACAAAGCCGAGGUCAAGUUGGACCUGAGCAGAGAAUCGACCAGAGUGGUUGGUACCAAACUCUACAAGGACACGGCGGAGGGGGAGCGGGGGCAGUGAGGGCGGUGACCCUCCUGUUGCUACAACACAGAAAGAGAGACUGUGCAAUAGAACAUCCUAUAUUCCACACUUCAUCCAACAUGCUUUUAUAUUUUUAAAGGGUUUUAUAGACGGCUAUCAAAACUAUGUCGACGCCGUUGCUACCGUUACUUCCAUCGUGCAGGGGCAGAAUUGUAUGAGUGUGUGUGUGUGUGUAUGUGUGUGUGUGUGUGUGUUUUGAAUGAUGCUGGUCAGAGCCUGGUAUCAAAGCUGCUUCUACCAGCCAGUAGUGACCGAAUAAUGCUUGGGCCUUAAGUCGCACCCUGCACAACUUGGUCAGUGUGACGUCUGCAGACAUGUAGAUAUGUAAAUGUGUUUAUUUUUUCUUUACUCAUUUUGAACUUGAAAACGUGUUUAAUAUUGCAUAUCUGAUGUUUAGAUAUGUUGUACAAAUAAUAAAGAAGGGACAUAAGUUAUAAUGACAAAAAAAAAAGAAUGAUGAGUUCCUGUCAGAGGGCAAUCCAGUCAACACGCAUCAUAUAACCUUUCAACUUGUUACGUUCUGAGAAGGAAAGGCGAAGAACAAGUGCAGGCAGGGUCAUCUUUGGGGCUCUGCUUAUUUCUCUGAAAGCAUGCCUGACUGCACGUGGCGCAUCUGCAGAUGAGUCAAACAUGAGUCAAAUCCUGUCAUGUUUGAUGCAAAAAGCUUUGCACAGAAAUGGAAACAAAAGAGAUGAAGUAAAAAAAUCUGGAGUCUCUUCAGGGGCUGCAACGUUUCUACCCAAAGCGAGCGCCGCGCUGGCAGCUGGAUGUGUGCGCUGAACACUAACUUCACAGGGAGGGAAUGCAGGCUUCAGGAACCCGGAGCAGAUCCCAACUCUGGCUCUGUGAUCAUCAUGGUCUCCUCCUUUGAUUACUCGUUCUGAUGGGAGGGGAACGGCUCAUGGCACUUUGCAGUACAAGAACACACGGCAACACUAUGAAGCACUUGGCACACUCUGGAGGACGACAUGACAUUAUUGUACUUGUGAGAGAAGUAAUGAGUUCAUAAUAAAAUGUUUGAUAAACUCUG